CUGAAAGGUGACACUGAGGGCUGGGUUCCCUCAGUCACCCUGUGGGUGCCUGUCGGAGCCGCACGAGAAUGGAGCCGAUGGCCAUGUCCGCAGUGAUGAUUUUCUGAAUGACCCUGCUUCUUUUCCUAUCUUGUCUGAUUUUCUCCUGUCUGACCUUUUCCUGGUUGAAAAUCUGGGGGAAAAUGAUGGACUCCAAGCUGGUCACCAAGAGUAAAUCGGAAGCGAGCUUCAUCCCAAGCCAGGAGCCCUUUCCAGCCUCAGACAGCUCAGGGGAGCCACCACAGGAGAAUGGCGACAGCAGCUCUCUGCUAAAGACUUCUAACCAGGCUGAGCCAGCCUCCCACAAAGGUCCGAAAGAUGCCUGUCAGCAAAGCAUGUCCCAGCCACCCUCACACCAGAAUCCCCCAAGAAACCCCCUUUCCUCUAAUGACACCUCCCCAGCCAAUGGGACAGGGACUGAAGGACUGGAGGCCCCAGAUACCAACGGCCUGUCCUCGCCAGCCAGGCCCCAGGGCCAGCAAGCCAGAACCCUCUCCAAGGAAGAGGAGAAGCAGGCACACAUCAAGAGGCAGCUAAUGACCAACUUCAUCCUGGGCUCCUUUGAUGACAACUCCUCUGAUGAGGACCCUGGCACUGGCUUGUUCCGAGAGUCUUCCCGGAAGGGCAGCCGGGCCAGCCUGGGCGCCCUGUCCCUGGAGGCUGCUCUGACUGCAGGCGAGCCUGAGACCCUCAUCCCUAUUAUAAGGACCAGCAUGUCAGGACUCUACCUGGUGAAGAGGGGCCGAGAACACAGGAAGCUGGACCUGCACAGAGACUUCACCGUGGCUUCCCCGGCCGAGUUUGUCACGCGCUUCGGGGGGGAUCGGGUCAUUGAGAAGGUGCUCAUCGCCAACAAUGGCAUCGCCGCCGUGAAGUGCAUGCGUUCCAUCCGCAGGUGGGCCUACGAGAUGUUCCGCAACGAGAGAGCCAUCCGGUUUGUAGUCAUGGUGACCCCAGAGGACCUGAAGGCCAACGCAGAGUACAUCAAGAUGGCAGAUCAGUACGUCCCCGUCCCAGGAGGGCCCAACAACAACAAUUACGCCAACGUGGAGCUGAUCGUGGACAUUGCCAAGAGAAUCCCUGUGCAGGCGGUGUGGGCUGGCUGGGGCCAUGCUUCCGAAAACCCCAAACUUCCAGAGCUCCUGCGCAAGCACGGGAUUGCUUUCUUAGGCCCUCCCAGUGAGGCCAUGUGGGCCCUGGGAGAUAAGAUCGCCUCCACCAUCGUGGCCCAGACGCUGCAGAUUCCAACGCUGCCCUGGAGUGGAAGUGGUCUGACGGUGGAGUGGGCGGAAGACGAUCUGCAGCAGGGGAAAAGAAUCAGUGUCCCAGAAGACGUUUACGACCAGGGUUGCGUGAAAGACGUAGACGAGGGCUUGGAGGCGGCAGAAAAAAUUGGUUUUCCGUUGAUGAUCAAAGCUUCUGAAGGUGGCGGAGGCAAAGGAAUCCGGAAGGCGGAGAGUGCCAAGGACUUCCCAAUCCUUUUCAGACAGGUGCAGAGCGAGAUCCCAGGCUCCCCGGUCUUUCUCAUGAAGCUGGCCCAGCACGCCCGCCACCUGGAGGUCCAGAUCCUCGCUGACCAAUACGGGAAUGCUGUGUCUCUGUUUGGGCGAGACUGCUCCAUCCAGCGGAGGCAUCAGAAGAUCAUCGAGGAGGCGCCAGCCACCAUCGCCACACCUGCCGUGUUCGAGUUCAUGGAGCAGUGUGCCGUCCGCCUGGCCAAGACCGUGGGCUACGUGAGCGCAGGGACGGUUGAAUACCUCUACAGCCAGGAUGGCAGCUUCCACUUCUUGGAGCUGAAUCCCCGCCUGCAGGUGGAACACCCCUGCACAGAGAUGAUCGCCGAUGUCAACCUGCCGGCUGCCCAGCUACAGAUCGCCAUGGGCGUGCCGCUGCACCGGCUGAAGGACAUCCGGCUUCUGUACGGAGAGUCACCAUGGGGGGUGACACCCAUUUUUUCUGGCUAUGAUUGGGGUUCUUGGGUUUUCCUAGGAUUUAAUUCUGAUGCAAAUAUAUCUGGAGUAAUGCUUUCUUCCAUUUUGCUUUUUCUGUCUGGGUUCCAGGGGUUUAAGCCGAGCUCUGGAACGGUCCAGGAACUGAACUUCCGCAGCAGCAGGAAUGUGUGGGGUUAUUUCAGCGUGGCUGCGACCGGUGGCUUACACGAGUUUGCUGAUUCCCAGUUUGGGCACUGCUUCUCCUGGGGAGAGAACCGGGAAGAGGCCAUUUCGAACAUGGUGGUGGCUUUGAAGGAACUGUCCAUCCGGGGUGACUUCAGGACCACCGUGGAAUAUCUCAUUAACCUCCUGGAGACUGAGAGCUUCCAGAACAAUGACAUUGACACUGGGUGGUUGGAUCACCUCAUCGCUGAGAAAGUGCAGGCCGAGAAGCCGGAUAUCAUGCUGGGGGUGGUGUGUGGAGCCUUGAACGUGGCUGACGGGAUGUUCAGAACAUGCAUGACGGAUUUCUUACACUCGCUGGAAAGGGGCCAGGUCCUCCCCGCCGAUUCCCUGCUGAAUACCGUGGAUGUGGAAUUAAUUUAUGGAGGCGUUAAGUACGUGCUCAAGGUGGCCCGGCAGUCUCUGACCAUGUUCGUCCUCAUCAUGAACGGCUGUCACAUCGAGAUCGACGCCCACCGGCUGAAUGAUGGUGGGCUGCUGUUGUCCUACAGUGGUAACAGCUACACCACCUACAUGAAAGAGGAGAUCGACAGUUACCGAGUUACCAUCGGCAACAAGACGUGUGUGUUUGAGAAGGAGAAUGAUCCCACGGUCCUGAGAUCCCCCUCGGCUGGGAAGCUGAUGCAGUACACGGUGGAGGAUGGGGGCCACGUUGAGGCUGGAAGCAGCUACGCUGAGAUGGAGGUGAUGAAGAUGAUCAUGACCCUGAACGUGCAGGAAAGCGGCCGGGUGAGGUACAUCAAGCGCCCGGGGGCCGUGCUGGAAGCGGGCUGCGUGGUGGCCCGGCUGGAGCUCGAUGACCCUUCUAAAGUGCACCCGGCCGAGCCGUUCACGGGAGAGCUCCCCCCCCAGCAAACCCUGCCCAUCCUCGGAGAGAAGCUGCACCAGGUUUUCCACAACGUUCUGGAAAACCUGACCAACGUCAUGAGUGGCUACUGUCUGCCAGAGCCGAUUUUUAGCAUAAAGCUGAAGGAGUGGGUGCAGAAGCUCAUGAUGACCCUCCGGCACCCAUCGCUGCCGCUGCUGGAGCUGCAGGAGAUCAUGACCAGCGUGUCGGGCCGCAUCCCGCCGCCCGUGGAGAAGUCGGUCCGCAGGGUGAUGGCCCAGUACGCCAGCAACAUCACCUCGGUGCUGUGCCAGUUCCCCAGCCAACAGAUAGCCACCAUCCUGGACUGCCAUGCGGCCACCCUGCAGCGGAAGGCCGACCGGGAGGUCUUUUUCAUGAACACCCAGAGCAUCGUGCAGCUGAUCCAGAGAUACCGCAGCGGGACCCGCGGCUAUAUGAAGGCGGUGGUGUUGGAUCUCCUGCGAAGAUACUUACACGUCGAGCACCAUUUCCAACAAGCCCACUACGACAAGUGUGUGAUAAACCUCCGGGAGCAGCUGAAGCCAGACAUGGCCCAGGUGCUGGACUGCAUCUUCUCCCACGCGCAGGUGGCCAAGAAGAACCAGCUGGUGAUCAUGUUGAUCGACGAGCUCUGUGGCCCAGACCCUUCCCUGUCGGAGGAGCUGACCUCCAUCCUCAAUGAGCUCACCCAGCUGAGCAAAAGCGAGCACUGCAAAGUGGCCCUCAGAGCCAGACAGGUCCUGAUUGCCUCCCACCUUCCCUCCUACGAGCUCAGGCACAACCAGGUGGAGUCCAUUUUCCUGUCUGCCAUCGACAUGUACGGCCACCAGUUCUGCCCAGAAAACCUCAAGAAAUUAAUACUUUCGGAAACAACCAUAUUUGACGUCCUGCCCACUUUCUUCUAUCAUGCCAACAAAAUCGUUUGCAUGGCGUCCUUGGAGGUUUAUGUGCGGAGGGCCUACAUCGCCUAUGAGUUAAACAGCCUGCAGCACCGGCAGCUCCCAGACGGCACCUGUGUGGUGGAAUUCCAGUUCAUGCUGCCCUCCUCCCACCCAAACCGGAUGGCUGCGCCCAUCAGUGUCACCAACCCCGACUUGCUGAGGCACAGCACCGAGCUCUUCAUGGACAGUGGCUUUUCCCCGCUGUGCCAGCGGAUGGGGGCCAUGGUCGCCUUCAGGAGAUUCGAGGAUUUCACCAGGAACUUUGAUGGAGUCGUCUCCUGCUUCGCCAACGUGCCCAAGGACGCGCCCCCCUUCAGCAAGGUGCACACUUCCCUGUACUCCGAGGAUGACAGCAAGAGCCACAGAGAAGAGCCAAUCCACAUCCUGAACGUGGCCCUGCAGUGCGCAGACCAUCUCGAGGAUGAGGAGCUGGUGCCGAUUUUCCGGACGUUCGUGCAGUCCCGGAAAAACAUCCUGGUAGAUUAUGGCCUCCGAAGAAUCACGUUCCUGAUUGCCCAGCAGAAAGAAUUUCCCAAGUUUUUCACUUUCAGAGCAAGAGAUGAGUUUGCGGAAGAUCGCAUUUACCGUCACCUGGAGCCCGCCCUGGCCUUCCAGCUGGAGCUCAGCCGGAUGCGCAACUUCGAUCUGACCGCCGUGCCCUGCGCCAACCACAAGAUGCACCUGUACCUGGGUGCUGCUAAGGUGAAGGAGGGUGCCGAGGUGACGGACCACAGGUUCUUCAUCCGCGCCAUCAUCAGGCACUCGGACCUGAUUACAAAGGAAGCGUCCUUCGAGUACCUACAGAAUGAGGGUGAGCGGCUGCUCCUGGAGGCCAUGGACGAGCUGGAGGUGGCGUUCAACAACACCAGCGUGCGCACCGACUGCAACCACAUCUUCCUCAACUUCGUGCCCACCGUCAUCAUGGACCCCUUCAAGAUCGAGGAGUCGGUGCGCUCCAUGGUCAUGCGCUAUGGCAGCCGGCUCUGGAAACUCCGCGUGCUACAGGCUGAGGUGAAGAUCAACAUCCGCCAGACCACCGCCGACAGUGCUGCUCCCAUCCGCCUGUUCAUCACCAACGAGUCAGGCUACUACCUGGAUAUCAGCCUCUACAGAGAAGUCACUGACUCCAGAUCUGGAAACAUCAUGUUUCACUCCUUUGGCAACAAACAAGGGCCCCAGCACGGGAUGCUGAUCAACACUCCCUACGUCACCAAGGAUCUGCUUCAGGCCAAGCGGUUCCAGGCCCAGUCCCUGGGAACCACCUACGUGUACGACUUCCCGGAAAUGUUCAGGCAGGCUCUCUUUAAACUGUGGGGGUCCCCAGACAAGUACCCCAAAGACAUCCUGACAUACACUGAGCUAGUGCUGGACCCUCAGGGCCAGCUAGUGGAGAUGAACCGACUUCCUGGUGGAAACGAGGUGGGCAUGGUGGCCUUCAAAAUGAGGUUUAAGACCCAAGAGUAUCCCGAAGGGCGGGAUGUGAUUGUCAUCAGCAACGACAUUACCUUCCGCAUCGGAUCCUUUGGCCUGGGAGAAGACUUGCUGUACCUGCGGGCGUCCGAGCUGGCCCGGGCAGAGGGCAUCCCCAAAAUCUACCUCGCAGCCAACAGCGGGGCCCGCAUCGGCCUUGCAGAGGAGAUCAAACACAUGUUCCAGGUGGCUUGGGUGGACCCCGAAGACCCCCACAGAGGAUUCAAAUACCUGUACCUGACCCCACAAGACUACACCAGAAUCAGCUCCCUGAACUCCGUCCAUUGUAAACACAUCGAGGAAGACGGAGAAUCCAGGUAUGUCAUCACAGAUAUCAUUGGGAAGGACGAUGGCCUGGGCGUGGAGAAUCUGAGAGGCUCAGGCAUGAUUGCUGGGGAGUCCUCCCUGGCUUAUGAAGAGAUCGUCACCAUCAGCUUGGUGACCUGCCGAGCCCUUGGAAUCGGGGCCUACUUGGUGAGGCUGGGCCAGCGAGUGAUCCAGGUGGAGAACUCCCACAUCAUCCUGACAGGGGCAGGUGCUCUCAACAAGGUCCUGGGCAGAGAGGUUUACACGUCCAACAACCAGCUGGGUGGCGUGCAGAUCAUGCAUUACAAUGGCGUCUCCCACAGCACCGUGCCAGACGACUUCGAGGGCGUUUAUACCAUCCUGGAAUGGCUGUCCUAUAUGCCAAAGGAUAACCGCAGCCCCGUCCCUAUCAUCACACCCACUGACCCCAUUGACAGAGAGAUCGAAUUCCUCCCAUCCAGAGCACCCUACAACCCCCGGUGGAUGCUUGCAGGAAGGCCUCACCCCUCUCUGAAGGGAUCCUGGCAGAGUGGAUUCUUCGACCAGGGCAGUUUCAAGGAAAUCAUGGCGCCCUGGGCCCAGACUGUGGUGACGGGAAGAGCAAGGCUGGGGGGCAUCCCUGUCGGAGUGAUCGCUGUGGAGACGCGGAUGGUGGAGGUGGUGGUGCCUGCAGACCCUGCCAACCUGGAUUCCGAGGCCAAGAUAAUCCAGCAGGCGGGCCAGGUGUGGUUCCCAGACUCGGCCUACAAGACGGCCCAGGCCAUCAAGGAUUUCAACCAGGAGAAGUUGCCCCUGAUGAUCUUUGCCAACUGGAGGGGAUUCUCGGGUGGCAUGAAAGACAUGUACGACCAGGUGCUGAAGUUCGGAGCCUACAUCGUGGAUGGCCUCAGGCAGUACAGACAGCCCGUCCUGAUCUACAUCCCGCCCUACGCGGAGCUGCGGGGAGGCUCCUGGGUGGUCCUGGACUCCACCAUCAACCCUCUGUGCAUAGAAAUGUACGCGGACAAAGAGAGUAGGGGGGGUGUUCUGGAGCCGGAGGGAACAGUGGAGAUUAAGUUCCGAAAGAAAGAUCUGAUAAAGGCCAUGAGAAGGAUCGACCCAGCUUACAGGAAGCUCGUGGAACAGCUAGGAGUGUCCGAGCUCUCCGACGAGGACCGCGAGGACCUGGAGGGCAGGCUGAAGGCCCGGGAGGACCUGCUGCUGCCCAUCUACCACCAGGUGGCAGCGCAGUUUGCCGACCUCCACGACACGCCCGGCAGGAUGCUGGAGAAGGGUGUCAUCUCUGACGUCCUGGAGUGGAAGAGUGCGCGCACCUUCCUGUACUGGCGUCUGCGCCGCCUCCUGCUGGAGGACCAGGUCAAGCAGGAGAUCCUGCGCGCCAGCAGUGAGCUGAGCCACGUGCACAUCCAGUCCAUGCUGCGCCGCUGGUUUGUGGAGACGGAGGGGGCCGUCAAGGCCUACCUGUGGGACAACAACCAGAUGGUGGUGCAGUGGCUGGAGGAACACUGGCAGGUGGGCGAUGGCCUGCGCUCCACCAUCCGCGAGAACAUCAAGUACCUCAAGCGAGACUCUGUCCUCAAGACCAUCCGAGGCCUGGUUCAGGAAAACCCCGAGGUGGCCGUGGACUGCAUAGUAUACAUGAGCCAGCACAUCAGCCCGGCUGAGCGGGCCCAAGUCGCUCACCUCCUGUCCACCAUGGACGGCCCGGCCUCCACCUGACCCCGGCCCCCCGGCCACUCGCAGGACCACGGGCAAGAAGCUGACUGCUGGCCCCCACCAGGACCUUGGGAUUUGCCUUUAAAAAAAAUUCCUGGGCAUUUCUGCAGGGCUGCUGCCCCCCACUCACUCCUGUCUCAAUAAAAUCUCAGGAGUGCCCCU